AGUACAAAAACAGAUCUACAGGAUCUCAGCCAGUUCAGUCACUGCUAUUUUAUUACCUACGCAUAGGAAAGGAGGGGGAGUGACAGAGAAGGACAUUUAGAAGGAAGAAAUACAUAUCAGGGUGGGGUUUGAGAGUUGGAGAAUGCGGACAACCUCACUGGAUUAAGUGUGUGGACAAGGGUGGGGAACAGAGAUACAGUGAGGAGAAGAGGGAGGAGUUGGUGAGGAGGAAGAGUGAAAGAGAAAGAACAGGAAGGAGGGAAAGGGAGGGGCAGAAAUAGGCUCAGAAGAACUUCAGUGUGUUUGUCUUCGGCUCAAACAGCACAGGGACUGGAGUGAGUGUUGGGAGACGCAACCGUUUGCGUCUAAACUAUUUCACCGCUGUAUUUUUCCUCUUCUAAUUCUCCAUUCUCUUUGCAUUAUUUUUGCUUUUGCGGAGCGUGCGUGACAAACCCCUCGUCGACACCAUGGAUAACUUCCAGACCGUCCUGCGCUUUUUCAUGAACCAGAAGGCCACCAUUGGCUACAGCUUCAUGGCCAUCCUGACCAUCGGGGGAGAGCGAAUCUUCUCCAUGGUCUCAUUCCAGUGCCCCUGCAACCACGACCAGAACUUUGCAUACGGCCUGACCUUCCUGUUGGGUCCAGGCCUGGUGCUUCUGGUGCUGGGUCUUUUCUUCAGCAGCAGGCUGUGGCGCCUCUAUACUGGCUGUUGCCUAAACCCCAUUAAGCUAUGCCCCAGGGGCAACUGUUUCGGCUGCCUCAAAGUGUUUGUCAAAAUCUUCUCCGGUGCCUGUGUGGCCCCUAUCAUGUGGCUGUGUGUGGCACUGUUGAACGGGACCUUCUACGAGUGUGCCGUCAGCGGGCUGGAUGAUAACCUGGUGGUGGAUUUGUUCUGUAAAAACAAGACCUUGAUGUGCCGGGAGGAGUUGGCCCGCGUGCCCUGCAGCAAGUCCAAGCUGCCCAGCGACGAGAACAUGGAACUGUUGCUCAUGUUCCGCGCUCAGUCACAGAUACUGGGCUGGUGUAUUAUCAUCAUUUCAGCCGUUCUAGGGCUCCUUGGGACCUGCUACACAAACUGCCGCUCAAAGGUCAGCUACCUGCAGCUCACCUUCUGGAAGCGCUACGUAGAAAAGGAGAAGGAGCAGUUUGACACAUUCGCUAUGGAGUACGCAUCCAAGCUGGCCGAGAGGAACCUAAAGAGCUUCUUUGAGAACCGUGACCCGGAGAUAUUCCCAUUCCCCAACCACAAGGCCUGGGAGGAGAUCUCAGCCCUCUACACCUUCUCCAAGAGUGAGCAGUGCUACAGCACCCUGCAGAGGUAUGUGGAGCGUGAUGACCGAGACUACAGCCCUGAGAAAAGACCAGUCAUGGAGCUGGAGCAUGGCAUAGAGAUGGGCUGAGAGAGGGGCAGACAAUGGCAGAGUAUGAAUUAUAGUAUAUCCUAUUUGUUUUACCUUUAUAAAUGACAUGUAGUAAAUGCAAGUAGAUUUAACUCACAGACUGAGAAGAAGCGUUGUUGCCUGCAUUUACCCCAAAGCACUGACAUAUACACAGAGCACCAUUCAGAAAGUUAUUACCAGUGACACAGCAGUGAUUUACCAAAGAAUGCAGCCAUUACAGAAGUGGUGAAACAGUAGGGCUUCUUGUCUGCUGGAACCCACAGUUCGUGAAUGGUCAUGAACACUAGCUGAUGCAAUGUCCCUGUCAUAAAAAACACUUUGAUUUGACAAAGUCUCCUCUACCUCUCUUUGACAUGCCUUUGAAGCAUUUCAUUCACUUUACUGGUACAUAAUGGUAGGACUGCUAUUGUAAUUGUAUAGCUUUAAUUGGGUAUUUUGUGUGUAAUAUUGCACCACAAUAUGAAUGCUACACAAAUGACAGAGUUGUACCAUGCAAUUUGCUUGGAAUGUUUACACAACUCAAUGUUUACAUUAUUUUGACAACUUGAGCACCAUAAAGUGUCUUUCUAUGGCACUACAAGCGAAGCAGCUCACUUUAUAUUUUAUGUUAAUUUGGGAAUAACUCUGCCAUUACUACCGUCCUGUUCAAUUAUUGACGUCAAUACUAGUCAAUAACUCACACAUUAAGAGGUAAUAAAUCAUGUAUGACAUACGGGAUAUUCUCACUGGAUUCUACAAAAACAUUUGUUGAAUCUGUUUAUUUUUUUUCUUCUCCUUUCUAACAUCUGUAAAAUCCCUACCAUGUCAUGUGUAAGCACUAAAUUAACAUGUACAUAGAACAUUAUUUGGACAUGUUGCAUCAUGCCUGAUAAAAAACAUUUUAGGGUGGUGAGUUUGUGUGUAAAAAUGGUCCAUAUUCCACCAUGUUUGACUAAGAGGGGGAGAAUGCAUAUCGGUGUCGUUAUAGUACCUUCAGAAAAUAUUCAUACACCAUGACUUGUGUCACAUUUUGUUGUGUUACAGUCUGAAAUUAUCACCCGUCUCCACACAAUACCCCAUAAUGACAACAUGUUUUUAGAAAUGUUUGCAAAUGUACUGAAAAUGUAAUACAGAAAUAUCUCAUUUGCAUACAGUACCAGUCUCAAGUUUGGACACCUACUCAUUCAAGGGUUUUUCUUUAUUUUUUACUAUUUUCUACAUUGUAUGAUAAAAGUGAAGACAUCAAAACUAUGAAAUGUAAUAAAAACAAGGGCUUCAGGGGAACACAUAAUCCAGGUAGCCAUUUGAUUACCUGUUCAGGGGUCUUAUGGCUUGGGGGUAAAAACUGUUGAGAAGCCUUUUGGUCCUAGACUUGGUGCUCCGGUACAGCUUGCCAUGCGGUAGUAGAGAGAACAGUCUAUGACUGGGGUGGCUGGGGUCCUUGACAAUUUUUAGGGCCUUCCUCUGACACUGCCUGGUGUAGAGGUCCUGGAUGGCAGGCAGUUUAUCCUCAGAUGUACUGGGCCAUACGCACUACCCUCUGUAGUACCUUGUGGUCAGAGGCCGAGCAAUUGCCGUACCCGGCAGUGAUGCAACCAGUCAGGUGAUGCUCACAAUGUUGCAGCUGUAGAACCUUUUGAGGAUCUCAAAUCUUUUUAGUUUCCUGAGGGGGAAUAGGCUUUGUCGUGCCCUCUUCACGACUGUCUUGGUGUGUUUGGACCAUUCUAGUUUGUUGUUGAUGUGGACACCAAGGACCUUGAAGAUCUCAUUGGGCGCCCAUAAAACUGCUGCCAUUUCUUCCGGCGCCAUUUUAAAUUCAGGUUGUAACCCAACAAAAUGUGGAAAAAGCAAAGGUGUGAAUACUUUCUGAGACACUGUAGGUGUACGUGUUUAGACCUGCCUUCUCAGACAACCGAGGGCCUCAGGCACCAGGUGCCUCUCAUCUCAGCUCUCUAUUACGUCAUGUAUAACUUCCAUAACCUUUGACUGCUUUGUUUCCUCACUCUUGGAAGGUCAGGAAGCUAUUUUAUUUUAAAAAAUCUGAAAAGUAGCUAUAUACUGUGUGUGCAAAACAUUACGGACACCUUCCUAAUAUUGAGUUGUACCUGCCCCUUUUGCCCUCAGAACAGCCUCAAUUCAUUCACAAGGAUAACGGCCCGUGUUGACUCUAAUGCUUUCCCACAGUUGUAUCAAGUUGGCUGGAUGUUCUUUGGGUGGUGGACCAUUCUUGAUAUACACAGGAAACUGUUGAGCAUGAAAAUCCCAGCAGCAUUGCAUUUCUUGACACAAACCGGUGUGCCUGGCACCUAUUACCAUACCCCGCUCAAAGGCACUUCAAUCUUGUGACUUGCCCAAUAACUCUCUGAAUGACACACUUACACAAUCCACGUCUCAAUUGUCUCAAGGCUUAAAAAUCAUUCUUUAACCUGUCUCCUCCCCUUCAUCUACACUGAUUGAAGUGGUUUUAACAAGUGAUAAGAGAUCAUAGCUUUCAGCUGGAUUCACCUGGUCAUCUAGGUCAUGGAAAGAGCAGGUGUCCUUAAAGUUUUGUACACUCAGUGUAGCUCUAUGGUUCGGUUUUCUUUAAUUAAACAGCCACGACAAACUUAGGCUAACUUUAGCCACCACAAGCUGGCAGUCAAUGGAAGUGAUAAAGGGAUUGUAUCAUGUAUGUCUUUAAUGGCCAAAUCAUCUCCAUAUUUGGUUUCAUGUCACUUAUAGGCAGGGCUCCAAAUAAAAAUAAAUCCUUAAGUACUAAUGCUUCCAACUAAAAUUCAGAUUCUCCGUAAUGGGACAGUUUCUACAUGCAUCCAAUCCGGACCUACAAAAUCAUCCUGCUACCAGGGAGAUAUUUGGGGUGAGAUACAUUCAAGACACGCACCUGAUACCCGCUUAGGUGCAAAGCUGUCAUCAAGGCAAAGAGUGGCUACUUUGAAGAACCUCAGAAAUAAAAUAUAUUAUUAUAUUAUUAUUUUAUAACACUUUUUUGGUUACUACAUGACUCCAUGUGUGUUAUUUCAUAGUUUUGAUGUCUUCACUAUUAUUCUACAAUGUAGAAAAUAGUCAAAGUAAAGAAAAACCCUUGAAUGAGUAGGUGUAUUCACAUUUUUGACUGGUACUGUAUAUUUUAAAAUUCAAUCUUGUAGGUCUGUGUCAUGACUUCCGCCGAAGUCGGCUCCUCUCCUUGUUUGGGCGGCGUUCGGCGAUCCACGUCACCAGCUUUCUAGCCAUCGCCGCUCCAUUUUUCAUAUGUCCAUUUGUUUUGUCUUGUUCCAUACACACCUGGUUUUCAAUCCCCAAUCAAUCUACAUGUAUUUAGUCCUCUGUUCCCUAUCAUGUCUUUGUGUGUAAUUGUUCAUUGUUAACGGUGUAUGUUUACGUGCGAUACUUUUAUAGUUUAUGUUCCGUGUUUUGGGCACUUAUGUCAUUUUUGUGCCUAUUGUUGAACGGAAUAAAAGUUGUGCCUGUUUACUCUA